CUCAAAGUCUCAAGUGUGACAGCUCUUUGACGUUUGGCUUCCGAGUAUUUGAGCCCAAACCAUCUUCCUUCCUACCUUUUUAUUUCUUCUCAACCAAAAAAGUCCUACAACAACUCAAAUUUGCAGACUUUUCUUCACUCACAUCACUAUAAUAUCUAAAAAUUUCUCAAUCAUAUUGUCAGUGUUGAAGCCAGCCAUUGUAAAAAGCCACAACACUAGUCUUUUUCUUCUUCUUUGAUCCGGAUCUCAGAAGUAUGAGAUCGAAAAGGGUUGAUUUGGAAAUUGCAGAUUGAAAUGCAGUCAAAUUCUUCUCCACCUUUUCCUUUGAUUCCACUUGUUCUUUUCAAUGGCGGUCAAUUGAGCGAAGGUGGGUUUGAAUUAUCUAGGUUUUUGUUUUUGGGUUCUUUGCUCUUCUCUCAAGGAGGCGACGACGGUAUGGACUUGUCUAAAGUUGGAGAGAAGAUUUUGAGUUCUGUUCGUUCUGCUAGAUCUCUUGGUCUCCUCCCUUCUUCUGAUGAUCGUCCUGAGGUUCCUGAACGAGCUGCAGCCGCUGCUGCACUUGCACGUGUUCUAGCUGGACUACCUCCUCAUCAGAGAUACACUCUGUCAUCAAGCUCGGAAGAACUGAGCUCAAUAUAUGGGAGCAAACCUCCUGGUCAAGUUGUCGAGGAGCUGGAGGAAGAAUUCUAUGAAGAGGAAUUUGAUCCUGUCGGUCAUAUUCUGGAGCAUAUGCCAUCUGAAGAGAGUGAAUUAACUUACUUGGAAGAUCAGGCCACUCUUAGAUUAUCGCAGCUAGACAGAAUUUCUGAACGCUUGUCACGCCAUGUUAUGGAGCAUCAUGAAGUAAUGGUGAAGGGAAUGGAUCUUGUGAGACAACUAGAAAGAGACUUGAAGAUUGCGAAUGUCAUUUGCAUGAAUGGUCGCCGGUAUUUAACCUCUUCAAGGAAUGAGGUUUCAAGGGAUCUCAUUGUCUCCAACAAUUCUAAAAGAAAACAAGCACUCUUGGAUGUGCUUCCUGUCCUGACUGAGCUGCGCCAUGCACUAGACAUGCAAUCAACACUUGAAACUCUUGUUGAGGAAGGAAGAUUCUCAAAGGCAUUCCAAGUACUAUCAGAAUAUUUACAACUUUUGGACACACUUUCAGAGCUUUCUGCUGCACAAGAGAUGAGCCGUGGUGUUGAGGUUUGGUUAGGGAAGACUCUUCAAAAGCUGGAUUCACUUCUAUUAGGAGUGUGCCAGGAUUUCAAAGAGGAGAACUAUGUAACUGUAGUUGACGCUUAUGCACUAAUUGGAGAUGUCGCUGGCCUUGCUGAGAAGAUACAGAGUUUCUUUAUGCAGGAGGUUCUAUCUGAAACCCACUCUGCGCUGAAGACUACCGUACAAGAGGAUCUGGAUAACAACAAUGUGCAAAGUUCUAGGCUCACAUAUAGUGAUCUGUGCACCCAGAUACCUGAAUCCAAGUUCAGGCAGUGUUUGCUAGCAACACUAGCUGUACUUUUUAGGUUGAUGUGUUCAUAUCAUGCAAUACAGAGCUUUCAGCCCGAGGAUAAGGAAGAUAUUUCGCCACCAAGCACAGAGAGAGCGCCAACGUUAUCCUCUGUUGAAGACCCUCCAACUACUUCUGUUGCUUCAGCUGACACUGCCAUGCACGGUUCAUCCAACAUAAAUUAUAGGGUUGAAGAGGCAAGGGAUGAUGGAAGUACAGCGUCAAGCAGUGGAUCCCCCUGGUUUCAGCUGAGGAAAGAUGCUACGACCUUUGUUUCACAUACAUUACUUACAGGUCGAAAGAAUCUUUGGCAACUUACAACAAGUCGUGCAGCUGUCUUGCUUUCUUCACCAGCUAUUCAUUCAGCUAGCAUCCAUCAAUUCUUAAUAACUUAUGAAGAUUUAAACAUUUUUGUACUGGCUGGGGAAGCCUUUUGUGGAAGUGAAGCAAUUGAGUUCAGGCAGAAAGUGAAAUCUGUUUGUGAAAGUUAUUUAGCUGCUUUCCAUCGGCAAAAUAUAUAUGCUCUCAAGAUGGUGCUGGAAAGGGAGAAUUGGCUGAUAUUGCCACCGGAGACGAUAGAAGUAGUAAGCUUCGCUGGGCUUGUCGGUGAUGGAGCAGCUUUGAUAGUUUCAUCUGAGACCUCUCCGAAUGCUCGACUGCUGCAAGUACGUAAGCCUGUACAUCCUAUCCAAACUAACUCCUCUAAGAGGAAUGGAUUUUCAAGUUGGCUUAAGGGUGGAAAUCCAUUUCUGCCAAAACUAAAUGGUAGUUCGAGGGAAUACUUGGAGUGUUUGCCUAAUGGAUCUGCAAUGCAAGAAAGUGGAAACUCCAAUGAAGAUUCUUUGGAUAAGAGUUCUUUGAGAAACAGUGAUGUAAAUCAUGUCAAUGGGAAUACUAAUUUAUCGGAAGAUGAAAAUGAAGAUCUUCAUGCUGAUUUUAUUGAUGAAGAUAGCCAACUACCUAGCCGGAUUUCUAAACCUGGUCAUUCAAGAAAUCGUUCUUCACAUUGGAACAAUGAACAAAUAAAAGAGCAAACAGGAUCAUCACUUAGCCUCCUGAGGUCAUUGGAUAAAUAUGCGAGGCUGAUGCAGAAGUUAGAGGUUGUUAAUGUUGAAUUUUUUAAGGGAUUUUGCCAAUUGUUUGGGAUCUUCUUUCACUUCGUCUUUGAGACCUUCGGUCAGCAAAGUAUUCAUCCUAGUGGAAAGGCUGUGACUGACACGCUGUCGUAUAGGCUGAAGACUGCAUUAUCACGAAUAACACAAGAUUGUGACCAAUGGAUGAAACCCCAAUCUCAAUCAUUUUCUUCCUCUUCUCCCUCAAGCUCAAGUACAUUUUCUCACAUGGAUGUCACUCCCACCAGCCCCCCAAGUUACUUAACUGGUGCAUCCCUGGGACUGAAGGAAAGAUGUGCAGGUGCUGACACUAUAUUUGUUGUUGCUCGGUUAUUGCAUAGAUCUAAAGGGCAUCUUCAGUCAAUGCUUCAAAAUAAUGCGGCACUGGUAGAGGAUUUCUAUGCACAUUUGGUGGAUGCUGUACCAGACCUUGUAGAUCAUAUUCAUAAAACGACUGCUAGAUUACUUCUCCACAUAAAUGGGUAUGUUGAUCGGAUUGCCAGUGCUAAAUGGGAGGUGAAAGAGCUUGGAGUAGAGCACAAUGGAUAUGUAGAUCUUUUGCUUGGAGAAUUUAAGCACUAUAAAACAAGGCUUGCUCAUGGAGGAAUUCGGAAGGAGGUCCAAGACCUCCUCUUAGAAUACGGAGUAGAUAAUGUUGCUGAAAUUCUCGUUGAAGGCCUAUCUCGGGUGAAGAGGUGUACUGAUGAAGGACGAGCUCUUAUGUCAUUAGAUCUUCAGGUAUUGAUAAAUGGCUUGAAGCAUUUCAUUUCUGUAGACGUGAGACCGAAACUACAGAUAGUUGAAACAUUCAUCAAGGCCUACUAUCUUCCAGAAACCGAAUUUGUGCACUGGUCACGUGCUCAUCCGGAAUACAGUAAAAGUCAGAUUGUUGGUCUAAUCAACCUAGUCUCUACAAUGAAAGGCUGGAAGAGGAAAACCAGGUUGGAAGUGUUGGAAAGGAUUGAGUGAUUUCAUACUCGGGACACGAGUAGGGGUGGCAAAUGGGCGUGUCAUAUUUUCAUGGGCUAACUUUGACACCCCUAUCGGUGAGCAUCACGCAUGUUCAGUUUUGCACUAUGAUUUCUUCUUCUUUUUUGUGUGUAAUCGAUGUAAAUCGGGCCGUCACGUUAUGUCCAGAUUGUUGUAACGCGAUUAUUUGAAGGUUGUAAAUUUAUUCUCAUUUGUGUAACUAAUAACGCUCUCCUUUCCAAGGCAUAUCAAAGUGUAAGGAUGAAUUCUAAUAGUACAAAAUAAAGUAUAUAUAUUAGCAGGGUUGGGUUUACAGUAAA